UCUUAUAAAAACCUUUAACUUUUCCCCCUAAAUGUGAGAGAAAAAUUUUGGAACGUUGCUCCGAAGGAUGAUUCCGGGGGCCACCGCUCCGUAUUUCCAACACAACCAUCAAAACUUUCAGAUGUUCGAUGGGAUUGACGAGUUGCUGCCACCGUCGACCGGGGGGCACGUCGAUGGCCAGGCUCAAAACCUUAUGUACAAUCUUUCGGUACUAAAGGACAAAAUCCAGCAGCUGCAGACCCUCGUGGGCUUCUUGGUGGCCCCCAGCCCCGCACGGCCCGAGCCGGCGGCCGUCGCGGUCUCCGGCGCCGAAGUGGUGAUCCAGGAGAUCAUCGGCGCCGCCUCAUCGAUGAUGUACGCUUUCCAACAAGCGGAGCUCGGAUCCCUAGGCACCUCGAGAGGUGCGAUCAGAGAAGAAGAGAUGUCCCCUCACAACAAUCAUGUCAAAUCUGCCUACGAUGGUUCAAGUCAAGCCACAAGUGAGGUGAUCGACCAUGUCCUUCACAACAUAGAUGCUAGUGGUGCCAGAAAAGGCUUGUACACGAACGUUCAUGAAGCAAAUUACAAUUGCAAUAAUAGCAUAAUGAGCCCUGCUACGAAGGCUCCUCAUCAAAGAGUCAAUGGUAGCAGCAGCACCAAGAACAGUGACAAAGGAAAUAGUACUGAGCAUGAGCAGGCGGGAUCGUUAUCGUGUGACAUAAUAGAGCUGGACGCGGCCGACCUCCUGGCGAAAUACACGCACUACUGCCAGGUAUGCGGGAAGGGGUUCAAGCGGGACGCGAACCUGCGGAUGCACAUGCGGGCGCACGGCGACGAGUACAAGACCAACUCUGCACUCACCAAACCCCCGAAGGGGGGGAACUGCGGCAAAGGUGCCGCAGCAGAUUGCGCUGCCGCAGCGCGAAGGUACUCGUGCCCGCACGAGGGGUGCAGGUGGAACUGGAAGCACGCGAAGUUCCGGCCUUUGAAAUCAAUCAUAUGCGCGAAGAAUCACUACAAGAGAAGCCACUGCCCCAAGAUGUACGUUUGCAACCGCUGCAACGGGAAGCAGUUUUCGGUGCUCUCGGAUCUGCGGACGCACGAGAAGCACUGCGGGGACACGAAGUGGCUGUGCUCCUGUGGGACCACAUUCUCACGGAAGGAUAAGCUCAUGGGACACGUGGCGCUUUUUGUGGGGCACGCCCCCGUGGUGGGCUGUUUUGGGAAGCAGCUGGAGAAGGGAGAGGAGAAGGAUUUCAUGGAGAGUACUUGAUCGUCAAGUGUAAUAACUGGUAUUACGUGCACGAAAGGAACCCUGAUGCAUGUAUCCAAAGCCCAAAGGACACAAAUGCUUUUCGAUCUAAAUCCCAGUGCAUGCACUAGGCAACAAAGCUAGGCACAAGUCGUUGCCAUUAAACCUGGCCUUCUCUCGAGAUGAUGAUGAAGUGUUCUCU